AUGGACCUGGAGAUCUCCCUCACUCCUUCCGACAACGACCUGUUCGAAGACGAUACACCAGGAAUCUGGAGACGGCACCGUCUCCCAUUAUCUCUCGCCGCCAGCAAACUCGGCCGAGAUCAACCAUCUACGACCCCCGCGGCUCCCGACAUCUAUUCUCGGACCAUUCCAAAAUCGUCGGUCCUUCGCCGUCCAACAACCCCAGGGGGAGAUCCCUCCUCCAGCGUCCGAGGGACAUCGUCCCUCCACAACACUGAUCUUCCACCCGCUCGAGAUCCAGCCGCUCGAACAACGGCCAAAACCAGAGCGACCCUCCUCCUCCACGCCAAUACUCCGAUGGCCCCCAUACAUCCCGCUUUUCUGAGUGGACAGUCCACCAGCUACCAACCCCAGCUUCCUUCCGACUCAUCUUCCUCCACUCACCAGCUUUAUAUUAGCCACAGCACUACCCCCAGUACGGCCUUUAGCAUCCGCCCGACCAUCCCCUGUGCCACACACGCUCAGGCAACAGAUUCUCGCAGGGCCGAGUUGGAUGACUACUUGUCACUUAUACUCAACUUAGCCUUGCGGUUCGGAGGUAAAGGGUUCUACAACUACCGCAUCCUAUUGGCAUCUGAAGCCGCUGGUCGCGUGCAGCAGUUCAACCAGGGAACAUACUGGGGAACACUCGACCCAGAACUAUACUGCAGAGUUUCCGCAGCUCAUGCCUCUCUCAAUUGCGAGCACCGUGGCGCACCCUCCCAUCCGCCCACCACAUACACCCUCACAGCACCCCUGCCCUCCACCUCAGCUUCCCGUAAACGAAGCCCCCCCAUUUACCGAAGCCUGCCUCCAUUACUUCCCCCACCAUCCAUCACCCCUAAACCAGAAAUCAACCAGCCAACCACCUCCGGCGGUCCCCCCAGAGACCACCAGUUCACAAGCUUCCUUAUCCAGGGUCUUACCCACGGCUUUCACCCAGGUGUGCAGGUGAAGCCAGAAUCUUCCUUCACUUGUAAACAUUUGCAAUCGGCCAUCUCUGAACCCGACACAGUCGACAAGCUCCUGGCUCAGGAAAAAAUAUUCAGGCAAAAGAGACUAAUUAUAGACCUCUCUUCCCCCCACGGCUCCACAGUUCCAAGCAUCAACAGCCUAAUCCCCAGCCCGGACUACUCCAUGCAGUACACCACUAUCAACCAUGCCGCAUCCCUCAUUCGCCUUGCAGGUCCAGGAGCCUGGUUGCCUAAAGCAGACAUCACCAGUGCCUUUGAAGUACUUCCCAUCCACCCCGACUACAGGCCCCUUUUCGGCGUCCUCUGGAAUUACUUCUCGGUGCGCCUGACCUUCGGGUGCAAGAGCAGCCCAAAAAGUUUCGAUUGCCUUUCCGAAGCACUCUGCUGGAUCCUGAUGAACGUCCAUAAACUCCCGUACGUCAUCCACCUCCUAGACGACUUCCUCACUGUCACGCCACCUUCCUCUCCCCCAGCACUCGGCCUUCACACGCUUACCGCCGUGUUCCAGGAACUCGUUGUUCCCCUCUCCACAGAGAAAACAACAGGUCCCAGUACAUCCCUGGAAUUCCUCGGCAUCACCCUCGACUCCGUCUCACUCCAAGCAUCCCUACCUACCGAGAAAGUCAACCGGAUUUCAUUACUAAUCUCUAAUUUCCUCCUGGCCCCCAAAUGCACCAAACACCAACUCCUCUCGCUUUUAGGCCACCUCAACUACGCCAUCCGCAUCAUCCCUCAAGGCCGAUCCUUCUUGUCCGCCUCCUCUGUCACAAAGCUCCACGACCAUGUCACACUCGACAAAGCAUGCAAGACAGAGCUAAAGCUAUGGCACCAGUUCCUCCCCUCUUGGAACAGCAUUUCCUUCUUCUACGAAGAACACGUCACCAAGCCGGAAGACAUCCAACUGUACACAGACGCAGCACCCUCCAUCGGUUUUGGCGGCCUCUAUGGCGACAAGUGGUUCUCAGCCGCAUGGCCGCCUGAAUUUUCAUCCCUUACUCCUUCCUCCGCAAUCUCCGAAAUGUAUCCAAUAGUGGUAGCAGCCAUUCUUUGGGGGCAUGAAUGGUCAAAGAAGACCAUUGCCGUCUACUCGGACAACAGCGCCGUCGUAGACAUCAUCAAUAAAGGGCGGUCACAUUGUCCAGAAAUAAUGAUGUUCAUGCGGAGACUAACCAUGGUUUCAGCCCAGCACCAGUUCAUCAUCCGAGCCUCCCACAUCCCAGGUCACUACAACUCCAUCGUUGAUUCACUUUCCCAUUUCUCAUUCCAGAAAUUCAGACGAUUAGCGCCAACCUCAGACCCUGUGCUGACUCCGUCCCCACCGUUUUCAGUCACCAUCUUCAACUGA